UUUAAAUAUUGAUAAGUUACUAAAUUUUUUAAAGGAAUUUCGUUUUUUACGUCAUUGUGCAUCUGCUCGAUUGUUUCCUAAUUCACCUGUAUCUUCUCAAAGCAAGAUGGAGAAGACUUUUAACAAUAUUUCUAAACAGGGAAAUAGCUAUUUUAAAAAGACAAAUAAAAUUAAUCCAUUUGAUAUCCAGACAGAUGAUGAUGAAGGUGAAGAUGUUAUGGCCUUGGAUGGGACUGAUGAAAGUACUUCCCGACACAGCUUUAGUUCUGACAGCGAUGAUUCUGAUGUACCAGAAGAAUUGAAAAAAGAAUAUGUAGAAGAAAAUGCUGAUGAUUAUCAGAAGUGUGUAUUAAUAUAUUCUGUGAAAUGUAUAUGACUUUUUAAAAAUUAAUUUACAUAGCAUAAAUUCAAAAAGUUUUAAGUUCUGCCAAAAAUGCUUUUAUAAAAAUUGUUAUAUGAGAUGUCACAUUACAUAUAAAAAGUGCGUUUUACAUUGCAAAACGAUUUUUUAAAUAUGUGAGCAGCAUCCCCUUGGUUUAGGAUUUUUCUGACACCACCUGUGAUUGGAUUCACAGAAAACCUUUGAGUACAUGUGUCAGCAGUAUUGUAUGGGGAGCAGAGGGCAAGCAAAUCAAGGAAGGAUAGGAGAGACAUAGCGCUCAGAAGUGAUUGAUUUGACAGUGAAGUAACAAUAAAACAACUAGAUUUAUUUUAACAUAAGUAAAACUAUUGCACAAAUGACAACAGCUUUUUUAUCUUUACCUAUAUUUACAUCUAUUACUAUAUCCUAUACUUUUCUGUAUUAUUUGGCAUCCUACUCGCAACUAAUUCUGUCUAGGAAGGGAGUUUUACAAUUUAAUCAUGUGUCAAAUAACUUCUUCCUAAGAACAAACAUCCUUAACCUAUCAGAUGUUGAAAUUUUUCUCUGUUGCAUGUGGUGUUACAUUGAAUUUUUGUCGAUGUUAAGGCCUAACGAAAAUUACACAUUUUUGGAAAAAAAA